AUGGCUGUCCUCUCCCAAUACGACUACCUCCUUGCCAUUGGCACAAUCUUUGCCUUCCUUGAUGCUUGGAACAUCGGUGCUAACGAUGUCGCCAACUCUUGGGCCAGUUCCGUCUCGUCGCGGUCCAUCACCUACCUCCAAGCCAUGAUCGGUGCCUCCGCCAUGGAGUUCACUGGUGCCCUCGGUGUCGGUGGGCGGGUUGCCGACACUAUCCGAACCCAGAUUGUCGACAUCGACUCUUUCGAGGAUAAGCCCGAGGUUCUUAUGCUCGGUAUGGUCUGCGCCGUCAUUGCCUCUUCUGUCUAUCUUACUUUCGCUACUCGCUUCGGUUUCCCUGUCUCCACUACCCACUCUAUUCUUGGCGGUGUCCUCGGUAUGGGUUUCGGUGCCCUUGGUAGCGGUGGUAUUACUUGGGUUGGCUACAAGGACAAUGGCUCUGUUGAUAUCCAGAAGGGUGUCGUCCAGGUCUUCCUCGCAUGGAUCAUCGCUCCUAUGCUGUCUGGCUUCUUCGGAGCUGCCCUCUUCCUCUUGACCAAGUAUGGUGUCCUCCUUCGCAAGAAGCCUACCAUGAUUGGUCUCUUCCUUGUCCCCGUCUACUUCUGGGUCACUGGAUCUCUCAUUACCAUGCUUCUCAUCUGGAAGGGUGGUUCAUACAAGGUCAACCUCACCGAGGCCCAGAUCCCUGGUGUUAUCGUCGCUGCCGGUGCUGCUUGGGGUCUUCUCAUGGCUGUCACUCUUGUCCCAUGGUUGUACCGUGUCGUCAUCAAGGAGGACUGGCAGAUCAAGUGGUACCACAUCCUCCAGGGCCCCCUCCUGCUCCGCCGCGGUCCCGUCCCCCCUCCCCCUGCCAACUUCCAGGGUAUCGUCCGCGAUUUCUACGAGGGCCACCUUACCCGUGAGGAGCUCGACGCCCGCCAAGCUCAGCGUGCUGCCACUGUCACUGAGGAUAUUGAGGGUCAACACGAGAAGAACGUCAGUGACAACACCUCCGAGGAGGUUCCUGUGCAGACCGCCUCCACACACAAGUCCAUGAUCGGCCCCAAGCCCUCAGGCCCCUGGUACAGCAAGCAGUUCAUCUGGUGGGCUAUCAAGUUCGCUAUCCUUCAUGGUGUUGACAAGGACAUUGUCAGCUCCCAGAGCCAGAAGUCUGUCGUUGCUGGAGAUGUUGAGGAAAUCCACGCCCGUGCUGAGCACUUUGACAACCGCACCGAGUUCCUCUACACCUUCCUCCAGAUCAUGACCUCCGCCGCCGCCUCUUUCGUCCACGGUGCCAACGAUGUCGCCAACGCUAUCGGCCCCUACGCUUCCAUAUACCAGAUUUGGAACACCGGCAAGAUUUCCGGCGCCACGGCUGAGGUCCCUAUUUGGAUUCUCGCUUUUGGUGGCAUUGCCAUCGUCAUUGGUCUCUGGACUUAUGGAUACAACAUCAUGGCUAACCUGGGUAACCGUGUCACUCUCAUGUCUCCCGCUCGUGGUUUCUGUAUGGAGUUGGGCUCCGUCAUCACCAUCAUUCUCGCUACCCGCCUAAAGCUUCCCGUCUCCACUACUCAGUGUAUCACUGGUGCCAUUGUCGGUGUUGGUCUCUGCAACGGUGACUGGCGCUCUAUCAACUGGCGCAUGGUCGGCUGGAUCUACAUGGGUUGGUUCAUCACCGUUCCCGUUGCUGGUCUCCUUGCCGGUUGCCUCAUGGGCUUCGUCACCUAUGCUCCCCACUGGUAA